CACGUCACUUCUCGCGGUGAUUUGUUGUUUCGUGUGCUCGUUCGCGCCAGGAAGUUGAUGCGCGUAACCAGUCAGCAGUAGAGACCGUUGGACGGAGUUUUGAAACGGGCCAAUGAGAGCAGAGCUCUGCUGUGAACGCAGCCAAUCAAAUUGAGCCCAGAUGAGCGGCAGAGCAGCAGCAGAGAACAGCGGCACGAUGACCGGAGCGAAUGAGUUUAAGCUGGCCCAGGGCCCGGAGGACAGCGUCUCGGCAGUGAAGUUCAGCCCGUCCUCCUCUCAGUUCCUGCUGGUGUCCUCUUGGGACGGCUCCGUGCGGCUCUACGACGCCAGCGCCAACAGCAUGAGGAUGAAGUACCAACACCUGGCGCCCGUGCUGGACUGCGCUUUCUCUGUAGGGCACGACCCAAUCACACACUGCAGAAUACACACUGGAGACUCUCACUGACUGUGUGUGCGUGUGUGUGUGUGUGUGU